AUGUCUUACAGCAGCUCCGACGACGACGUGCCUCUCGCCAGGCCAAACGGAAACGUUUCGGCUGCAAAGGUCACCGCAUCGAUGGAUAAGGCACUCGACCGCUCUGUACCAAAGUCAUCCGGCGAUAACAUCCUCGUCCGUAACAACUCGGACGCCAUGGACAUUGACGGUAUUUCCAACAACAAGCGCAAAUCUCGCACGUCAAUCACCAAGAUGAGCUACAAGGACGAUUCGGAUAGCGAUGUCGCGCCCUUGGCCAAGCGACGUAAACACAAGACCGUUGUCGACUCCGAUGAUGAAGAUGACAUGCCUCUGGGUAGCCUCGCUAAGAAGAAGGCAUCCAUCGAGAAAUCUGCCGCCAAGGAGGCCCAGGCGAUUCGCGCUAAGGACGCGAAGAAGAAGGCAACUCCGAGAAAGAGCAUCAAGGACGAGUCUGAUGACGACGCUCCUCUUGCCAAAACGUCUGGGAGCAAGCGAAAAUCAAACGGUGUCACCCCCAAGCGCAAGUCGAACGGCGUAAAGAAGGAGGAGUCCGACUCUGACGUGCCGAUUUCGAAGAAAGCCAAGGCUGUUACGCCAGCAAAGAAGGGCAAGUCUACAUCUGCCAAUGACACGAAGAAGGGGGUCAAGGAAGAGGAGGCGGAGGAGGAAGAAUACGAAUGGUGGAAUGCACCCAAACCCGAGGAUGACUCCAUCAAAUGGCAAACUUUGGAGCACAACGGUGUUUUGUUUGCUCCCGCCUACGAGCCUCUGCCGAGCCAUGUGAAGCUCAAGUAUGAUGGCCAAGAUGUUACUCUCCCCCUCGAAGCGGAAGAAGUGGCCACCUUUUGGGUUGCCAUGAUGACCCCUGCAUCCUCUCACCACCUCGACAAUCCCACGUUCAGGCAGAACUUCUUCAAUGACUUUGCUGAAAUCAUCAAGAAGAAUGGCGGUGCUAAGAACACGGCCGGCGACAAGGUGGCGAUUAAGAGCUUGGAUAAGUGCGACUUUGGAAAAAUGUACGAUCACUGGCUAGCGAAAACGGAGGCUAAGAAAAACAAGAACUUGUCCAAGGCUGAGAAGGAAGCUGCUAAGACCGAGAAGGACAAGUUGGAGGCGCCCUACAUUACCUGCCUUUGGGAUGGAAGAAAGCAAAAAGUGGGUAACUUUCGUGUUGAACCGCCCAGCUUGUUCCGUGGCCGAGGCGAGCACCCCAAGACUGGUCGUGUGAAGACGCGGGUCUGGCCGGAGCAGAUUACGAUCAACGUUGGCAAGAACGCCAAGGUUCCGGAGCCUCCCAAGGGCCACAAAUGGAAAGCUGUCCAGCAUGACCAGAAGGCUACCUGGCUUGCCAUGUGGCAAGAAAACAUCAAUGGUGCCUACAAGUAUGUCAUGCUGGGAGCUGCCAGUGAUGUCAAGGGACAGAGUGACUUCAAGAAGUUCGAGAAGGCCCGCGAACUCAAGAAGCACAUUGGCAAGAUUCGCCGCGAUUACACCAAGGAACUCAAGAGCGAAAUCAUGGCCGAUCGUCAAAGGGCCACAGCCAUGUACCUGAUUGACAAGCUGGCGUUGAGAGCGGGCAACGAAAAGGAUACGGAGAAUGAAGCCGACACUGUCGGCUGCUGCUCGCUAAAAUACGAGCACAUUACCCUAGAGCCACCGAACAAGGUGACGUUCGAUUUCCUGGGCAAGGACAGUAUCCGCUACAAUGAGACUGCCACGGUCGAUGCGCAGGUUUUCAAGAAUCUAAAGCUAUUCAAGAAGCCGCCCAAGUCUGAUGGAGAUGAUCUUUUCGAUCGCUUGACCACCUCUCAGCUCAACAAGCACUUGAACAGCUACAUGCAGGGACUCACCGCCAAGGUGUUCCGUACGUACAAUGCCUCAUUUACAAUGUCCAGACUUCUGCGAGAUCUUGAGAAGGAUCCUCGGUCCAAAGGCUCGAUUGCAGAGAAGGUCAAACUGUACAAUGACUGCAACCGAGAGGUUGCCAUCCUCUGUAACCACAAGCGCUCAGUCGGUGCUGGCCACGAGCAGCAGAUGCAGAAGCUAGGCGACCGUAUCAAGGGCCUGCGAUAUCAGCAGUGGCGCACCAAAAUGAUGAUGCUUGACAUUGAUCCUAGCCAGAAGAAGAAGAAGGGCGCUGCUUACUUCCAGAUCGACGAGGAAAUCGACAAGGAAUGGAUUCUGGCGCACCAGCAGUUCCUUGUUGAGGAGCAGCGCACCAAGAUCACCAAGAAAUUCGAAAAGGAGAACGAGAAGCGCAAGUCCGAGAAGGAGAAGGCACUACCAGAGAAAGAGCUUAAAGAGCGACUCAUUGCUGCCAAGGACCUCGAAACUAAGUUCAAGAAGGAGAACAAGACGAACAAGGUUGAGGCCGAAGGGCGCGGCCCGACCGUUGAGAAGCUUGCCGCGGCGGUGGAGAAGUUUGAUGACCGCGUCAAGGUGCUGGAGACGCAAGCUGAGGACCGUGAUGGCAACAAGGAAGUCGCCCUAGGCACUUCCAAGAUUAAUUACAUCGAUCCUCGUCUCACGGUUGUGUUUUCGAAGAAGUUUGACGUUCCUAUUGAGAAGUUCUUCUCGAAGACUCUGCGAGACAAGUUCCGCUGGGCCAUCAAGUCGGUGGAGGACGCCGACGAUUGGGAGUUUUGA